AUGGCAAACGCUCUUGCCGACAUGGAGCCACCAGGUGAGCCAGGCACGGCCGUUACUAAAGUUUUAGACAACUCAACGCUCAUGCACGAGGCUACUCCUACAGCGCUUGAAGGAAAGUCGACAGUAUCAACUAUUACACUCAUGCUCAAAAAGUUACUCACGAGUUUUGGAUUCAUCGCGGGAAGUUUUAUCAGCCGUGAACUCACACCGUUGCACCCACUUUCGCACUUCGAACGUCUACCUACAGAGCUGGUACAACAGAUAGCUUCCUAUCUCAUCCAUCUAUACGAUCACGGCGAACCAUUGUUGUACGUACAGAAGUAUCAUGAAUCCAAAUGCAACGACCUCCUUCCUCUGGGUUUGACAUCUCGGACCAUUGCCGCCAAAGUCGACCACUAUUUCACCAGAGGAUUCCGAACGCACAUUGUGCAGUACAGUGAGGAAGGCAUCCGGAAGCUGCUGUGUCUGUCCAAGACCGCUACUCGGAACCGGGUCCGUGCGCUCAUGUUCGUAGCGGCACGGGACAUGGCGACGACAGAAAUUCCCGGUCAAACUACGUCAAACCUUGUCGUGGCUAUCGACAACGAAUCUUGGAAGAAGUCGUCGAAAGAGGGCGCCAUGAAAGCUGCCAUGCUUGUCAAGGCUUUGAAGAAGUUCCCGUCAACUUUGCGCCUUAUUUGUGUCGCCCAGAGCCUCAACAAAUGCUAUCCGUACGAGGUGUUGGCAGAUAGCAUCAAACAGCAUCCACCGACAGUAAUCCUUGACGCCAUACUACGGGCAAAAUGCCCUAUCAGAAUCUUCCGUGUUGACACACGUUUCUUGGGUAACUGCAGCAACCUAAAGGUUCUGCGCCUCUAUCUGGAUAAAGCUAGCAAGGUCUAUGCAUGGGACAACAACACGCAGCCAACGGCUCUCUGGAAUGAGAUACACGACAUACAGACCUGGAGACUUCAAUCCCUAGUACUCUCAGGUUGGGUCAUGUGCAAUGAGGGUAUCAAGAACCUCCUCCACCGUCAGCUUCCAACGCUCGUCUACCUGCGACUCCACCACUGCUCGAUUGAGCAUAACUGGCUCCCGGUCUUGGACCAGCUUGUAGACGCGCCCUUGCUGAAGCAAGCCGACUUCUGCUAUGUCAGCGAUCUUUUUGAGAGAGUAGUGUGGCGAGAUCUUGUCGGAGUACCUUUGGCAGAUGGAGAUGAGGAGGACUGGGUUGAGAUUAGUUAUUUAGGCGUAUAUUCUACCGAGCUGAGGAGUCAUGAUGGUAGUAUGGAGAAGGACGUGGCGCUGGCGAAGCAGAGGAUUUUCAACAUAAACAGGAUUGCGCAUCCUCGAGCGCCCGAUGCGCUGGAAUGGGCUCCACGAGGUGGUAUUCCUCUUCGCGAGCGUGUGCCCUCUAGCAUUCCCUUCGGCGUAACUUUCUAA